AUGGCAAACAGAACUAAGACCUGCAGGAGCUUAACAUACUGUUAUGCUGCGUGGCGGUCGCCAGGAACACCUUGUUUUGGUGGUGGAGAGGGUGAAGAACAGGUUUGUGUUUGUGGCUACCUGCUGCAGAACGCCUUCGAGGCAGAGGCACGCCCACUUGGAAGCACAAUUCUUCUGGAAAGGCGGGAAGAGGAUGAAGAGGAGGGAAGAAGGACGCCAGUGAAAGGAGACUUGGAAAUGAAGCAGGAGGAGACCGGUGAGCAUGGAGAACUGGCUGGGCAGUUUGUGAGCGCCAUGCCCACCUCAGUGCCCCACGACAAGGGGACCUGGUUUUCUGAGGCAUGGGAGUAUUUCUACCUGGCUCCUACUUGUGCCGGGAACCACCACACUCAAUAUGCCACCUGCUGCCUGUGGGGCAAGCAGGUGAGCCGUGGCCCAGGGGUCAAAGUGGACACUGCCCUUUGGAAGCAUCUGAAAAGCAUGCACAGAGAGGAGCUGGAGAAGAGUGGUCACAGCCAGGCAGGGCAGCACCAGGACACACGGCCCCAGGAAACCCAACUCCCUGUCCACAUUGAGGGUGACUGGGGAAGGCUCCUGGAGCAGGGUGCCCUGGCAUCGUGGGAAAGCCAGAGGGUAAAGGAAGUGCUGAGGAGGGAGAGGGCGGUGGAGAGGAGGGAGGAAGUCCUGGAAGAGGUGGAAAGGGCCAUCCUGGAGACAAAGUGGAAGGUAAGGGCUGAGAAGGCCCCAUGCCAGCAUGAGAAGGACCUGUCUGCAGUGCGACACCCUUUCCAUUCAAUUUAA